AUGCCUCUGGCAAAACACCUCCUUCAUCCCUCUCCAGAAGAGGAGAAGAGGAAACAUAAGAAGUGCCUGGUGCAGAGCCCCUAUUCCUAUAUCCUGGAUGUGAAAUAUUCAGGUUGCUAUAAAGUCACGACAGUUUUUAGUCAUGCACAAACAGUAGGUUUGUGUGUUGGCUGUUCAACUGUCCUCUGCCAGCCUACAGGAGGAAAAGCAAGACUUACAGAAGGAUGUUCCUUCAGUAGGAAGCAGCACUAA